AUUUUCCUCGAGUCUACUCCGAUCUUUAUCUUGCCUUUUCUUCUUUGCGUUAAGUGCUUGAGCUAGUCUCUACUACGGCACACACACAGCAAACCCUCACAACCCAUGGCCCACCUGUUCGAUGGCAUGGAUCUCUCGCAUCUCAUCAACCUCGGCGCUCAGGUUUUCGUAGCCUACUUGGUCUGCGCGCAUUUCAAGCACUCGGCGGAUGCGUCGAACCAAACGAAACACGCUGUGAACCGUGGCAAUGACCUUAUCAAUUGUUCGCUCAAUACUCUCAACAACUCGUUCGACAAAAGAAUCGAGGGUGUUGACCGCAAUGCGAGGCAUUUCUACAGGCUCUUGAGGAAGAAAGACGAACAACUAAGGCGGGCAAGGCGAUGCGCAUCGGGGCUUCGGCACAAGAUUCAACAUCUUACUCUCCGAAAUCGAGGUCUCGCGAAACGCAAUGGGAGGUUGAGACGGUACCUUAAACGCCAGGUUGAUGUGGUACAGUUGCAAUGCCCGCAGACUUAUGCGGUAAAGACGGAUGCUGCUGAUCAAUUGACUGGCGUUGAGGAGCUAGGUGGACGGAUGACGCAGGAGAGAAGUCUAAGUUCGAGGACUUCCGACUUAGCGGAAGAAAACGCUGGAACGGAAACGGACCGGGAGACGCUCUCUGACGACAUACUUAUUGACAUACGCAACAACCUACAAGAAAGAGGAAAUGCUCAGCAAGUCCUUCAGGGCUGCCUCGAAUCGACACAAGAACGACUGCAAUGGAGUCAAACAAGGACUGUCAAGCUUGACGAGCUCGUCGAAUUAGGGCGCCGCGCCUUGAGCCACUUCAGGGACAUUACAAACUUCGAAGGCCUGCGACGCGAGCAUGAUACCAUAGUCUGGCACCGCGCCUCCCUAUGUCAAGAGCUGGGUCUAAUCCUCACAGUCCUCAGCACCACUGCCUUCAGGACCAACAAUUCGACGCUUGACGUGAUCCGCGGCACCGAACUAGACCGACUGAGCGAAGCGUCAAGAAACGUUAUUUGCAACCUCGAUGCUCGCUUUCUCCAAGCCGUGAUGAAUUCGCACCGCAAGAAAGACCAGGACACUGCACUCAUGCUCCACGAGCGCGAAUCAGAAGUCGCUCGUGUGAGGAAGGAGCGGGACGCUGCGCGCUCCGAAGUACGCACCACCGAAGAGCGACUGAGAAUCCACUCUGAGGAGAAGAUGAAACUCGGGCGUCGCAUGACCGAACUUUACAACAAGGAGACCGAAUACAGACGAACCAUCGAGAGCCUCCAAAAGCAGAAAGCAGGUCAGAACACGACGCAGCCUAUAACCGCUUCGCCGCCUUGCACUCCCAAUUCAACUGCAGGCACUUCUUUCCAUCGCAAGUAUCCGUCCCUUCCUAUCCGUGUCGAUCCGGCUAUGCUACCCACUCCGCCAGAGUCCCCGUAUUCGUCAUCGACAAAUUCGUCGAAGCCGAAUGGUCAACCGAUCCCUAACACUCCAAGUAGAGACCCCUCGAGAGUCUUGCAUCGGCGCUCCUGGGCUUUCCAACCAACGCCUUCCCCCCUUGGGCCUGGGGAUGCUGUGAAUCCUUCUGUGGUAUCUACUUCUUCUCCGCUCGGUGCGGCAAUUGAGGAUUGGCGGUGGCAUGACUCGUCUAGGGAUGGACAAUGAUUAGGUCGGGGGUGUGGUGCUGGUGGGCUCGUGGAUUCUUGCGAAGUAGAUGAGAAUUAGGGAAAUACGAGCAUGUUAUAUUCGUUAAAAUGGAGCAGAACAAGUCUUCGCAUUGAAAGUUCAUUUUUGUGCAGGCUCAGAACAGACCGGCACCUCCCGGUGCGGAAAAGGACAUGGGCUGGACCUAAAACAAAGGGAACCCACAUAACCUCAAAGAAGGUUCCAGAUGAUGGGGGCUGACCUUGGAUAAAGACA